UUUUCUUUUUCCUUUUCUUUUCUUGUCGGCAGCAGUGCUCUCAGCGAUACGUGUGUAUCGGGUCGGUGGAACACGCACGCUGGCGCUUUCAUAAGCGGUUGCAGGACAGCAGAUGCCCUUCCCUAAUACAUCCCCGGACCUCAUGGCAAAUGUCAUGGGUGGAUCCAUACUUUCAUCGUCCUCUACCGUCAACACCCCCCUCAGUGGCGCUGUCUCAGCUUCUUUGAACUCAUCCUCAUCAAAGACCAAAAAGGAUGCCAAUUCCGCUUCUGGCAGCGGGACCGUCCGCAUCUUUUACUCGCUUCAGGAGAACCCAAACGCCAUCAUCUCAUACGCGGACCUGAUCCGCUUAGAACAGAAGCGUCAGCGUGCAGCUCAGUUACAGACAUCGCCUUUGUCCAAGAGUGGUGCCACUGCAACUUCGUCAGCGUCUACAGGAGUAACACCCAACGUAACAGGAUCCUCUUCCACCACAGCCUCACUGCCAACAUCGUCACCCCUAAAAAAUUCAAAGGUCACCGGGACAGGGGCAGGGGCGAGUAUCAAAGACGUUAGUCAAUCUUCCACGACUGCUAUGGAUAUUGACCCCCCAGAAGGCGAAGAAGCGCUUGGAGAGGGAGACAGCGAGGCAGAGGAUGAUGACGAGGAAGAUGAAGAAGAACAUGACGAAGAGAACGAGGAUGGUACGGAGGCAGAGGACGAGGACGAUGACGAGGACCCCGACGAAGACGACGAGGAGGAAGAUGAUCCAGAGUCUGGUAAACGAGAGCCCAAGGAUUUCCUGGAGGCAUUAACCGAGAAAUACGCCGGACUCGAGGAGGGAAAUGAAGGUGAAGAUGAAGACGAAGAUGAGGACGACGAUGGCAAGGGACAAGUAUAUAAACGACCAAGUCGAUGGGACACGGAGCACUACGAUAUUGAGGACGAAUUCAUCGACGAUAGCGAGAUGAUGCUCGAGUCCAUUGGCAUGGUACGGCCCAAGAUCGAUGGCUUCUUUGCGUAUAGAGGACCUGUCGAGAUAACAAAUGAAGAUCCUGAUUCAUCGGACGCAGGGCCACGAUCGAGAAAACCAGCAAAGAGGAAACAGGCUGCAGCAUCUUCGCCUCUAAAUACAGGGAAGGGUGCCACGAAAUCAAGUAAAGGAUCCAGUCUGGCAGUCAUGGAAAAUGCCAACGAUUCUAUGUCUGAGAUGAGUGAGAUGGAUGACAAACCAAAACCGACCAAAAAUUCAGUAAUAUCUGGGCUUGCAAACUCUACAAUUCCAUCAAACGAGGGGUCAGCAGCAGCAGCAGGAGCCGAAGGUGGAACAAACAGCGCAACCGCAACUCCAAAGAAAAAGAACGCUCCUUCGAAAUCGAAGGCUGCAGGAAAGGAACUUAACAAGGACGGGGUAGAGGCCAAGGAUUCUGACAAGGAAUCCAAGGCAGGACCAAGCAAGAAAGCAAAGUCGAAGCCUUCCAAAUCCUCUGCAACUUCAUCGACACCGGCAGUAAGCACGCCUAUCGUACGAAUAGAAUCACCGCAACCAAUGGAUGAUAAUGCCGAUAACUCGACUCCGCCACCUGAGCCUGUCCGUGCAUCGUCACCGUCUAGAUCGAAAUCGAAACCAAAGGCGAGUGCCACAGUGGAGCAGGAUUCCACGGCUACAGGAGCACCCUCUGAGAAUGCUGAGGCAUUGGUGUCAUCAUCUACACCGCCCUCACUAGAGACUGCAUCUGCCGUCAAUGAGUCUGCCAAAGGAUCAGCGAAGUUAAACACAGUAGCAAGUGAGGCAGGCUCCAAAUCAAAAGGACACAGGACUCUAGAGCCUUUAAACGAAGAAGUGCAAGUGGCGUACGACAUUGUGGCUGAUUUGGCCAGGAAAGAAACAUGGGAAGUGAAGGCACGCUUUCCACCCCACAUUAAGGCUCCACUGUUUGAGUGUGCAAGGAUUGCGCUUGCGACGCGCUCUUCAGGAUAUGUGCUGGAGGACAGCUUCUUCGUCCACUUACAGGCAGUUUUGCCCUAUAAUAAGUUUACGCUAAAGAAACUUAUCUACAAGAAUGUAUUGCCUGGGUGGAUUGCUGAUUUGGAGGCUCAGAAGUCACGUCUUAUCGAACAGUUCACGACUCGCGCCAACAUGGUUUGGAAAGCCUCAGGAUUGGCCGAUCAGCCUGAGAAAGACGGCGAUGGAGAUGUGAAUAUGAGCGGCGAAGAAGGCAAACCUCAAAGAAAAUUCCCUUGGAGUCAGGACCUUCGCUUGCUGCUGUGGGAGACAAUGGAGAAGUUCAUGGAGAUCCUAGCUGCAAGGCAAGAAUUCCGUGCAAUCGAUGAAAACCAACCUGCACCACCCUCGGAUUCCAAGACUCGGAAAGACGCCUAUCAAACGUUAUUACUAUCAUUCCCGUCAGGAUGGAUGACAUCGUAUGAGAUUUCCCGGCAGUACAGUCAAUUGAAGGAGAAGGUUCAAAAGCAGGAAAAGCGAGAGGUCGAGUCAAACAGUACAACGGUGCCAAUAGGAAAGCCCAGGCCGGUCUUUUCGGGAAAUAUAGGCCCCAAGUCAGGUAACGUCCCUUCAACAGUCCGCAGUGCAGGAGCGCAGUCCUCUAGUAGCACCUCUAGUACCGACAAGCAACCAUCCUCUGCAGCUCCGGUGACUCCUGCGCCCUCUACAACGUCCCCAGCACUAUCAGCAGCAGCACUACCACCAUCGUCAUUAUUAACUACGUCACAAAGCGCAGACGCUCCAAGAGAGGGCACUCAACGAAUGAGUCCAUCCAUAUCGCCUUCGAUCGUAAGCCGUUCAGCUCAUCUCUCUGAAAUCGUGCACCCUGCGUCCCAGCAGCCACGUACGCAGCAUGCCCUAUAUAUGGGAGGCCCGAUGGCAGGCAGCGGAAAAUCAGCGGCGAGUAAGAAAAGAAAGAAUCCUGAAGAAGGAGUCAUUCAACCCCAUGCAUCUGAAUCUGGCCAUGACACUAUCCAUAUUACGGAACCAACAUACGAUGACCCUGCGAACUAUCGGAAAAAUAAUAGCGUACCCGAUUAUGCGUCCAAUCCAUCCUCUAAUCCGUCAACAAACACAGGGAAUCCGGCUAUGUAUUCUUCCAUGCUUUCCAGCGAGGCUACAAAAAAGAAAAGAGCAACUGAUCAAAGGCUACCCUCAUCGAUGUCUACGGGACCAACUCCAAUGGGACACCAUCCUGGUUCUGCUCCCUCCUCAUAUCAUCAAGGAGCACGGGAAUCCAUGUAUCAGCAACGCCACCCCCCGUCGCCACCGCAGACAUAUGCAUCGCACCCAUCGCGAGGAUACCCUGUGCCGCCAUCACAACAGCCGCAGCAUCCCUCGCCUCACCUUCAUUACCAGCACCACGAGCCAUCGUCUUCACAGCAUCAUCAUCGUGUGGGAUCAUCGAGUGGGUCAUCAGGGGGCGGCAACGCAUAUGCUCCCUCUGUGCACUCAUCUCCCUCGAGAGUCCUGCCACCACCAUCAGGUCCGCAGACCAGUUCUGCCCCGAAAGCGAUGUCCAUGAGUAACCUUUUACACCAUCCACUCCCACCACAGCAACAAUCUCAUCAUUCGCGCCAGGGCCCAGCAUAGAGCCCCUUCUCUCUUCGCGAGCAUUGUCUUGAGCCUUAUUCUUUUGUUGCUUUGACCUUGUAUAUGAUAAUAAAAAAUUUAGGAACGUGCAAAAAUUGGUGGC